AUGGGUGAUAUCCUGCACUCAUACCCUGAGUAUCAAACCACCGCCGUGCUGGACAAACUGCGCGAGACCGAGUACAGCUACCUCGACGAGCAGGACCAUCUGUAUCUGGACUACACCGGCGCCGGUCUCGCUGCGAAGGCUCAGUACCAUGAGCACGAGGCCCGUCUGACCAGCCAACUCUUCAGCAACCCGCACUCGCUGAACCCCACCAGCGAGGCGUCAACCAAGUUGGUCGAGAGGGCGCGCAUGCGGGUGCUCGAAUACUUCAACGCCUCGCCCGAUAAAUACACGGUCAUCUUCACGCAGAAUGCCACUGGCGCGGCGCGUCUGGUGGGCGAGGCAUACCCCUUUCGGCGCAAGUCCAAGUUCGUCCUCACCUUCGACAACCACAACUCGGUCAACGGCAUCCGCGAGUUUGCCUGUCGAAAGAAUGCCCGCACGGUGUACGUCCCCACUCAGGCACCGGACCUCCGGGUCGACCCGGCAGCGCUGGUGUCAGCACUCGCAGGCCGAUGGCCGUGGAAACGAGGCACCGCGAGACCCGGCCGUCGUAAGCGCGGCCUUUUUGCAUAUCCCGCGCAGAGCAACUUCAGCGGGGUACGUCACCCGCUGGAAUGGGUCGACCUGGCGCAGAAAUGCGGAUACGACGUGCUGCUGGACGCCGCCGCUUACCUACCCACGCAUAAGUUGCAGCUCUCCGAGGGAAACCCCCAGCCCGAGUUCCUCAUGGUGAGCUGGUACAAGCUGUUUGGAUACCCAACCGGCGUGGGAUGUCUGAUCGCCCGGCGCGAUGCCAUCGCUCGACUGUCGCGUCCGUGGUUCUCUGGAGGGACGGUGCAGGCCGUCACCGUCGGCAUACCCUGGCACACCAUGGCCCAGGACGGUAGCGCGUUCGAGGAUGGCACCCCGAACUUCCUGUCCAUCCCCGACGUGCAUUUCGGACUCGACUGGCUGACUCGCGUUGACGUGGCGGUGAUCGAGACCCGCGUGCGCUGUUUGACGGGCUGGUUCUUGGACCGGCUGAAGGGCCUUCGACACGCCAAUGGGGCGCCCAUGAUUCAGAUUUAUGGGCCGCAGGACAAUAGGUCGCGUGGGAGCACGGUGGCUUUUAAUUUCCUCGACGUUACGGGCAAGGUGGUGGACGAGCGACUGGUGGCGUCCGAGUCAGCUGCGGCGCGAAUCUCGUUGCGCACCGGCUGCUUUUGCAACCCGGGGGGUGGCGAGACUGCGUUUGGCCUCGACAUGCAGGCGCUUCGGCCUCUCUGUCGCAUUUCCAAGACGAUUUCGGUGGACGAUUAUGUCAGAUUAGUCGGCCUGCCGUCCGCCGGGGCGAUUCGUGUUUCCUUCGGACUGGCUUCCACCGUGGGCGACGUUGAUCGAUUCAUGCACUGGGCCGAGCAUACAUAUCGAGACCGGGUGACACCAACCGAGGGAUUUCCACCGCGUGGCCAUUGUUAG